AUGAUGGAAAACUUUUUCACGAACAACUCUGGUAUCGUAAACAAAACGCUUGACGACGGUUUAUGUCAUCCCCACAUCACAUUCGAAAAUGAAAACACUCCACAUCUUUUCAUCGUCCUCAAUUCCACCGCGAACAUCAUCCUGAUGAUAGUAUCGAUCAUAGCAAACAGCUUGGUGAUAGCAGCAGUGUGGAAAACGCCUUCCUUACGGUAUCCUUCAAUUUUGUUUCUUUGUAAUCUGGCAUUGUCUGAUGUUAUUGUUGGUUUGGUGGUAGAGCCUUUAUUUAUCACGGUGGAAUUGUUAAAACUUCAUGGUUAUCCAAAAGGAGAUAAUUGUAGGCUGCAGACGGCAUUUAUCACCAUUGGACGUUUAGUUGGAGAGGUUUCGUUUGCGACCGUAACUCUUACAAGCGUGGAUAGAUUCCUAGCAAUUCACUAUCCCCUGAGGUACGACACCAUCGUCACUAACUCUCGGGCAUACUUUAUCGUUAUUUCGUGUUGGGUCGUCUGUGCUUUUUGUUCUAGUUUGAACCACUGGAGCUGGACGGCAUAUAGGUGUGUAGUAGUCGUUUUCAUGGCAGUGUUUCUCGGUAUAUCUACAGUCAUCCAAAUUAAGAUCUAUCGAAUCGUCCGCCGCCACAGAAGAGAAAUCCAGGCUCAGGAACAAGCAGUACACAUAACACACCAUUUCAACUUGGUGCAGUUCACUAAAUCAUGCGUUAACACGUUCCUUGUGUACUGUGUCGUAUCACUGUGUUACUUUCCGUUUUUCAUCGUUUGUAUUUUGAGCUCUAUAGAAGAUAAGGUCAUUUCGCCGCUAGAGUGGAAACUGGUUCACACAGCUAUGUUUCUAAACUCAGCUCUGAAUCCGUUCCUUUACUGCUGGCGACUCCCAGCUAUAAGAGGUCCCGUUAUGCUUUUAGUCAGGAAGAUUUUCUGCCCCAAGAAAGUCACCACGGGGUAUAACUGACGUAUAUAACAAGAACUGAAGUAUAUAACAAGAGAAGAUAUUCUGCAAACUCCAAGCAACGGUUUUUAAUAAUUAAAUACAGUCGAAUUGUAUUUUCAUGUAAGGUUAAAAUCUGUUUGCUCUUCAGUUGAAAACACGGCUUGUAUAACGAAAGCACUUUGAUAUAGGAUUAGUUAAACAGAGGUGUUCAGUAAAAGUUAGACCUCACAGUCAAGAUUAUCAAAAAGCAAAAAAAGGUUAUUAGGGCGCGUUUGU